GCGCAUUCGUCAGGUAGCUGACGCUUUACGCGAUAAGACAAGGUUUAACUGAUAACCACUGCCCAAAUUCUACUCAACGAUGUUCAGUAGACAAACGCAUUACACGGAGAUUAUUCAGUUUUACCGGAUGUGCAAGUCAGGGCAAAAUUAAUUAAGUCUUUAAAAGUUGCAGUUGUCUUCAACAAAUACUUAUACAAUACUGCUCAUCUUUUGACAUUCAUAAAAUCAAUCAUUCGAGUAUUUUUUUCUUUGGCACCAUGCUUGGAAUUGGUCCUGCAACGCUGCAUUCGCACACGAAAAUAGUAUUACUGUUCCUCCAAAGCGAUUUGGUCAUCCCAUUCCCUGUGCUGUUGUCGACGAUAGCAGUGUCCUGUAUCACUGUGGGUGUGGCCGCCGUGCUGUACGUGAACAAGUCCAGAUCUUUGACCGUGACCUUACGGCAAGCAUUUAUAUAUGGACUUAAGCUUCACAUUCUACAACUUCUUGGACUGUUGUUCGAUCUGAAAUACCGGAUUUUCGACACACGCCGAGCAAAAUCAAUUCAAAAAAAUCUCCUUAAAAGUAUUUUACGAGCAAACAGAUCCACUGAAUACGGCAGACAGCAAGGAUUUGCCGCGAUUCACUCUCGCCAUGAUUUUCUUGCAUCGCAAUCAUUGACCAAUUAUGAACAUUAUAAGCACCACAUCCAGCGAAUGCAGCGAAAUGGCGCAAAGAACAUUCUAUUAAAGGAAAACAAUGUUUCGUACAUUCGGACGGCAGGGAUUUCAGGUUUUCCAAAGGUCAUCCCACAGGGAUCAGCGAUUGGCCAGUUUCGCAUCAAGUGCAUUUUGGCAAGGCAACGAUGUCGCCUCGUACCAUCAAAAUUACGGUAUCACCGAAACUUUCGACUGUCGAGUGAAAACAUGAAGUAUCCUAACGUCCCACCACCUACGGACAGCAACCGUAUUCGAUUGAUAUUGAAAUCGGAUUUGUUAGUCAAUCCAACGGGAGACUACUUGAUGCCGGAUGAGGACACAACGCGCUACAUCGAGACUCUUUUUGCAUUGCGCGAAGAGUCACUUGUGAUGAUCGAAGCGGUUUAUAUCUGGGAAGUCUUGCUCAUGUUUCAAUGUAUUGAGCUCAAUUGGCGCGAGAUGCUUCAUGAUAUUCGCCACGGAACUCUGAACGAUACUAAGGUCAUCGUUACUCCUGCGACCAAGGAGAAGCUCGUAAAGCAGCUUAGCCCAAUGCCCCAACGGGCGGACUAUUUGGAAAUGCUUUUUACAGAAAAUUUGCACAACAGACAAGGCUUUUACAACAUCACACGCCGCAUUUGGCCAAAACUUGCUGCUAUAAAUGGAAUAUCAACUGGACCAUUUGCCCAUUACGCAGAUAUCUUAACAAAAAAGUUUUGCCCAGACAUUCCAGUUUUCACACCCCACGCUUUCAGCACGGAAACUGGCAUUUUUGGGCGUAACUUAUGCGAUAAAUCUGUAACGACGAGCACUCAGUUUCUUCUUGAUAUCCACAGUGCUUUCUUUGAGUUUUUGCCACUUGGUAACCCGGAGGAAACGGACACAGUUUUUGUAGAGCAGGUGGAGAUUGGACAGCUGUACGAACUCAUCGUAACUACAAGAAAUGGACUGUACCGCUAUCGGACUGGUGACGUCAUUGAGGUUGUCGGCAAACAUCAUCAGUGCCCGAUAUUUGAAUUCUCACACCGGCGCUGCCAGACUUUAAGUAUCUUCCAUGAGAAUAUUCCAGAAACCGUGCUUCGAGAAGCCAUCUCAAAUGUCAACUCGGAGGCUCUCCACUGGAACCGCAAACACACCUCCGAGUCUCUUCCCAUUAAUGGAUUUAUCGAGAUUGCCGAUUAUUGUGCUUCACUCAGCCAAGGGCUCACUGGAUACUUUCCGUCUGACCUUAACCAUGUGCAGUUCUUUCGAAAUCCACAGUUUUAUAUCGUUUUCGUUGAGCUUCACGGCUUAAUUCAAGAGGAUAUCCACGCACUCGAAGAAAGGCUUUCCCAGUUGUUCGAGAACCAUUUUAAAGCAUACCAUGAUGCAUGUUCCGGCGAGUUAGCCUAUCUGCGGCUCCGAAACGAUGUCCAAAUUGGUGUUCCACGAAUAUGCAUUGUAAAGCCUGGAACCUUUAAGAAACUGCGCACAAGCCUGCGAAGAAAUGACGAUCAAGGGCUGCAUCCAUCACGAUUGCAGAUACCACGCGUUUUAAAAUAUCCGGAACACGCCGAACUGCUUUUCAGAAACCGCAUUAUCAGGCAUACAAAUGUGUAAUAUGCUUGUAUGUAUUGUACUGUGUAUUACCUGUUACACUACUUACUUACCCCCGCCUAAGCUGUCGAAUAGUGUAUUGUACUGCAUCUGCGAUAUGGAAAAUUUGUUGAUCACGUUGAUAAAGUGCAUGCUGUAUUUAACACAAAUUGUACGAGAACAGUACUAAGUUUCGUUUAUGUCUGUCAGCAAGUA